UGCCUGAGAUCUUGGUCUAGCAAGUACUAUCUUUAUUUCACAUUAUAAAUUCAUCAUUUACAUUUUUUAUUUUUUUUUCGAUAAAUUUUAAAUAAUAUAUCGAUUGUUAAAAUCAUAAAAAUGAUAAAGAAAGCAUUAUCGAGGAGGCGCGAAAUAAGUCUUGUUUCAAACAUUAAAUAAAAAGUAAAAAGAAAAAAAGAAACGUUUAAUCUUAAAUUAUAUAAUUAUUAAUUUAUUGAUAUAGUGAAAUAUAAAAAAAGAAAAUGUAUAGUGUUCAUAUGACACCAGGUAGAUCUUCUGAUAAACAAAGUACUUCGAAAAGUAUGGAUUCUGAAGUAGGAGUAUAUAAAAAUCGAAGAAAAGAAUCGAUUCCAGUUAAAGUUUUCAAUUAUUUGAAAACACAAAUGCAGGCAGAAGGAAUUCCAAAGGGCGAACUUGAAGAACUCGGGGGCAUUUUAGGGGGUUCCACCGCCGGUGCCCUUGCCCUUGGCGGCAGGCACAAGCCGGAGGAGCUUUCCACAUUGGCGGCCAACACCAGAUUCUCGAGGAAGGAAAUACAGCUUAUCUAUCGCGGUUUUAAGCAGGAAUGUCCCACGGGUCUCGUCGACGAGGAAGCUUUUAAGCAGAUCUUUUCGCAGUUCUUCCCGCAAGGUGACGCUAGCCAGUAUGCUCAUUAUGUCUUCAACACUAUGAAGAGGAAACCGUCUGGAAAGAUAAGCUUUGAAGAAUUCCUCACUAUUUUGUCGAAAGUUUCGAGAGGAUCGGUAGAGGAAAAACUGCAAUGGAUAUUUGGACUUUACGAUCUGGACGGGGAUGGAUUGAUCAGUAAAGAGGAAAUGUUGGAUGUUGUUGGCUCGAUUUAUGAGAUGUUGGGCCGUUAUACUCAGCCGCAAAUAGUCGAGCCGCAUUUGGCGGCUCGGGAACAUGUCGAUCGUAUUUUUCACUUAAUGGACGCGAACAAAGAUGGCGUGGUGACAAUCGAAGAAUUAGUACAAUGGUGUUCCAAGGACGAACAACUUUUACGAAGUCUCGACACGCUUGAUACUGUCUUAUGAGAUCUUUACAAUUAUUUUAUAAUCCUCGUUCAAUUCCCAAGACUCACAAAUCCUCUUAAAAUUAUGAUGCAACGUUCGAACGAGUUCUAUCAGUAGUUUCUAGAAAUUCGACUAUUUGAUCGUAUCAUUUAAUAUUUAAUACUUUAUGGAAGGAAUUGAAUUUCGAUUGAAAUUACUAAUUCGACUUCAUCGAACGUUGCUUGUAAAUAUUGUACUUAUCCUACCUACCCAGUCUUUCAAACGUGCUAUUGAACGCAUGAUGAAAUUAACAGUAUUAUCGAAUCCCUGAAUAGAAUUCCUUCUUACAUCCUGCAUGUACUAAUCCCUGUGCGAUCAUUCGAUUGUAUUUAAUUUAAGAAAAAUCUUUCAGCUAAAAGAAGAAGAUGAAUUUGUGCUCACACACAAUUUUGAUUUCGGCAUCAAAAAGUAUUAUAUCAGUACUGUCUUGAAGGAUUGGAAUAUCUCUCAUUGGUACUAAAAUUUUAAUGAUACGAAUUUAAUAAUUCAGAGCAAGUUAUCGAGCGGUUAUUGUAGGUACUACGGAAUUGUUAAGUAAGAUCGAUGCGAUGGGAACAAAUCAAUCUCCAGAUUCGUUAAAACGGAGACUGAACUCUAUAUUUAAACAUAACAUUUAAACUUUAAGAAAAUUUUAAGAAUUUUAUCAAAUUAUGCUAUAACGUUUUUCCGUAAAAUUCACAAAGCGAUUUAAAUGGGAUCUAAUAUUUCUUAACUUCUAUAUUUCCUCUAAACUUCUACUUUCACGAGUUAAGAAAUAUUUUGUACUCCUUCCUUUAAAUAAUUUCGUGAUGCACGUACGAAGCCAUUUUUCCUUUUUCACGAUCGUUCAAUUUUCUCUUAAAUUAUUAAACAAAUAAAAUAUAAACGUACUUAAUACUGACCAUCAUUGUGGUAAUUAAGUACGAUUAAAAGUAUUUUCAAGGAGCUUCGAUUAUUAUCCAUCGUUUGGGUCAUCUUGUUAUCUUGCAGCGAAUAUAAUUAUAGGAUUAUUAAUUAAAAAUUUAUUCGAAACUUUUACAUUUCAAAAUUUAAAUAUAGCUUACGAAUAAUAAAACAAUUCAAGGAACUCGUAGAGAGAAUUUAUUCAAAGUUUGUUCAACGUUUCAAGAUUGUUAAAUUCAGGCAUAUGCGAAUAACAUUUGACAAUCGUUUUAGCUCUCGUAGAAAUGAAUAUAAAAGUUUUCUUCGAUCUUGCUGCGAAUAUUCUUGAAUAUUUCCAGAUAUUCUUUAUUCACAUUAGGAAAUAUGGCAAGAAAAUGCAAAAGUUCAGACUUCAAUAUUUAACGUUAUAAGUUAAAAGAUUCGCAUAUGUCUACAUUAUAGAUCAUAGAUUUACAAUAUCUUCAAAGACCCAUGUACGAUGGAACAUAUAUAGUUAGUAACCCAAUAAUAGCGUAUCGUAGUACCCUCGACCAAUCAAGAGAAACGUGGUCCUCUAAGAUCAACGCCUCGUGUGAUUCUCUCGUACCUUAUUACAUUUAUUAUUACUAUCGCAUAAAAAAUAUUGUUAUUAAUAUUGUAAUUACUAUCAAUACUUAUUACUUGUCUUCUAUCAAAUUGAAGCAAGAUAUUGCGCUCGCAAUGAAAAUUAUUGGCGCAUAUUCGAGAUAUUCUAAAUCUUAUGUGUACAAAUAUCAUCGAAUUUGUUGAAUUUCUCAAGUUUAUUAAAAUAUCCAUAUUAUAUUUGAGAAGAUGUGAUUUAAAAAUGUUCUAUAUUAUAAUGUCAUGUGGAUAUAAAGAGAUCAAGUCAACGUUUAUACAUUCAAUUUCUCUGGGAUAUGCAAUUUAGACCAGCACAUCCUAUACAAAAAUAUUUGUUAUAUAUCUUAUAUCAGUUCCAUUCAGGAAUCAAUUUUUUUUACAAACUGAUUGCUGAUGGAUUGCUGAUAAAUUGUAUACUUAUGUUUAUACACGUGUGUAUUGCAAUUUGAAUCGAUUAUUUUCAUUAUUUUUUUAACAGUAAUUAUAAUCAUAAUGUUAAAACAAUAAUUAUACUAUUUUAUGAUUAGAUAUUCUUCGAUUUUUUUUUUAUCUCUGUUCUAAUUUUUUUUUUUUUUUUGGGACAAAUUGAAAGUAUUAAAGAAAAUAGUUUUUAUAUUUAAUAAUAUCAAAUUUUAUUAAUUUUAGAUAUUGAAAAUAUCACGAUUAUCUUUUAAAAUAAAAUUGGUACUAAUAAUUUUUCUUUUAACAUUAUAAAUUGUAUAUGAAAUAAAAAUAAUUAUAAUUAUAAAAUGUAAUAUGUAUCAUAUAUAUUAUUUUCGACAAAUUUCAUAAAUUUUAAACUUUUUUUUAUUCUUUAUAUUUCAUUUGAUUUAAUAUAAGUGCAAACAUAAUAAAAUUCAUUUUGUUAAAGAGAAUCACAGAUUAGAAUAGACUGAUCGUUCAAUUUUGUGACAUCUAGUUCGAAGUAACAGUAGUAUUGGAUAUGCAUCGCCGACCGAGUACGAAUCCAAACAACAUGUAUUGAAUAAAGUUUGUUGAAUAUAACAAAUAUUUUUUUAUCGAAAAAAAA